AGCAGCAGCAAAGCAAAAGCGAUGACGACGACGAUGGUGGUGGAUAACUUUGAGUGUGCUGGAUACACGUUCUACUCAAAGUUCGAUUCCGGUAACCUGGGAAAGGUUGAGCUGGUACGAUGCUGUGAAGGGCUUGGCAUCGUUGGCAACACGGUGUCGAAUGUAUCGGGCGGUGUUCCCGUUAUCGGUUCAGGAAGCAAUCAAACCGUGCCGGGCACGGGCAUUACCAGUGCUUCCGCAAUAGUAGCUGCAACACUCGGUAUUGGUUUGCAACAGCAACAUCAUGGACUGCUUUCGUCGGCUACCGGAAGUGGUACAACCGCAAGCGCCGCUGGGACGUGCUCCCUUGGCAUGCCGAUCCCUUCGCCCACACCGCAUGCAACAGAAAACCCGCUGGUGGAGGUUGAAUUCAAUCUGUGGACACGACCUGACUGUGCUGGCACACCGUACGAGAAUCAGAAUCGCACCUGGUUCCAUUUCGCGGUGACGGGUGGCCGUCCGAAUCAGAUCGUAAAGUUCAAUGUGAUGAAUCUGAACAAGCAAGCGAAACUGUUCAGCCAGGGCAUGCACCCGGUCACGAAAGUUGGCCCCAAUGGGCGGUGGGAGCGAAUCAAAGACAAACCAUCCUACUCGAUUACGAACGAUGUGUUUUUCAUCUCCUUCUUGCACAAAGUGCCAGAGGUGGGUGGCGAUCAGACCCGCAUCUAUUACGCAUUCACCUUUCCAUUCACGUACACCGAGCUGCUGGAACAGCUGGCCACAUUCGACCGAAAGUUUGGCCGGCAUCCGUUCGAGCUGAACAAGAUGGCGUAUGACAUAUCGCAAAAGUACGACGCACUCCCGGCGGCCGGCGCGGAAGAGUCGAAAAACAUAUCCAACCUGGCGCCACAUCGUCGGAAAGGGAAGCUUUCGAAGAUGGAGCGUGUCGAUCGUACCAGCCCCGAAUCGUUCGACGAGACGGCACGCGAUGGUGUUGGUCAACAGGUAGUCAGCAGCAGCGUGCCGGUUAAGGAAACUGUGUCCGAAGCCAACAAACUGCAAACUGUACUAUUAGGAACUUCUUUGGUUAGAUCCGGUGGAAUGGUUUAUGACGAAAAUACCUCCGAAUCGAUGCAGCAAAUAACGAAUCUUGUAAAUAAGGUGAAAAUCGAGUUACCGGCUGCUACCGGCGGUGGUAUUCCCGGCGCAGAACCGAAACCAGCAAUCGCACAAACGUCCACAUUGGCGUGCUCAACGAAACUGAAGUUACCCUCGUUUCAUCAUCAGCUCAACGUGGCAUCAUCUUCUUCGACGACGACGUCCACAGCGAAUCCUCCACAGCCCGAGGACGAUUCAAAGACGGAUCUACGCGAUGAAAUUUAUUACUGCCGCGAGCUACUUACGCACUCGAUUGAACGGCGCCGGAUCGAGCUACUCACGAUCAGCUCGUUUCACAAGAUACAAACGGCACGAGAGGUACGCCUGCGUAAUCUGUUUCCGGACGAGGACGCUCAACGCUGCCAUACGUUUAAGGAUAAGAAAAUCGUUUUCAUCUCGUCCCGCGUGCACCCGGGCGAAACGCCGGCCAGCUUUGUGCUGAACGGAUUUCUCAGCAUGCUGCUCGAUCGGAAGAGUGUAGUGGCGCAGACGCUGCGGCGGAUGUACGUGUUUAAAAUUAUUCCCUUCCUAAACCCGGACGGUGUGUACAAUGGGUUGUAUCGGUCGGAUACGCGUGGCCACAAUCUGAACCGGGUGUACAUAAGUCCAUGUCACGAGACGCAACCAGCGAUCUACGCGGCCAGAAAAUUGAUUCGAUACUACCAUCUCGGUGUAGAUGAAGUGGAACCUUAUGAGAUGGAAAAGGAAACACCAGCAGUACCACUAUCGUCUGAUGUACCUGUUGCUGGUCUUGCAGGCGCAUUAGUAACGGUGGAAGGACAUUCCGCACCAUCAACGGAUGCAACGGGUGGCCGUGAAAAUUUGCCACUGAAAAAAGGUACACCAUCGACUAACUCCCUAACGGUAACGAGACGAAACAGCCCCCACAACGCACAGGUCUCGCAGGUUAAUGCUUCCUGUACUUCAACUACAACAACAGCUAUCACAACUACCACAACAACUACUACUACUAACACAACACACACUCAGAAAAUGAAACUACCCAAACUAACAGCCUCGUCGGUCGAUUCGGCCAUAGUUUCCAACUCAAGUUCCGUGCUUGCUCUCUCUGCCACGACUCAUCCAGUGAAGCGUUUGUCCUCCACCAUAUCGCUGGAAGGAUCGACCCGCAAACGACGCACACCACCGCCUUUAUCCAGCACACCAUCCGUUCCGACCAUUCCGAGUGAGCGAAGAUCGGUAAUCGCAUUCGUAACACCUUCAGUCGAACCCACUGCCAGCUUGUCGAAUCGUACGAAACCAACUGGCCCAAGCGGCGCAUCGUGGUCCGAUAAAAUAUUCGGUAAAAUUCUACGCCGUCGACGGGCAAAGGCUGCUGCAACUGCAUCAUCCGAUGGUGUAUCUGCUGUCGGUGGAAAAUUGUCCCCAAUAGCGCAGACCCUUCCAAAGCCUACGUUACCGUUGCCAGCAGUUGAGGAAGAAGCGACUGCAGUAGUAGUCACGGCCAAUUUGUCAACUUCCGUCGCUAAUAAUCGCACGACAACCGCUUCUAAUGCAUCGUCACCAAUCACCGAUGAAUCGGAUUCAGUCGAGCAAGAUACACCGGCAGCGUCUGAUUCCGGAUUCAGUGAGGCAAGCUCCACGUCCUCUUCGCUCACUUCGAAGGUUGUUUCGUCCUCGUUGCCCACCCAAUCGUCUGCCGACUCAUCUGGCGGUUGUCCUCCGGCCGAGGAAAUUGUCCCGGAACCAUCAACUCCCGCCGUCGUAGUGCAACCACCUUCACUCGUUGCGGCCGCUACGACAGCCGCAGCACAAGUCUUUACCGAAAAACUCAUUCCGGAGCUGAAUCCGAUCGUUAGCGAAGGUAGUGCCAUCAGUGCUGCCGCCAACCUUGGCCAACCUGCCUCGGUCCGUUCAAGUAGCCGCAGUGGCUCGAGUUUAAGCUUGAAGAAAUCAUUGCAUACGGUCGCAGCUAGGGUCGAUACGGGGAAGGGAUCGAGUGGUGGAAGUAAGGGUGGAUCACAUCAUAAGGGUGGCCACGUGCUAAACAAAUCUCAUCAAUUUCUUGGCGCUCCAUCGGGGACGCUCAAGUUCAAGGAGUUUUUGGUUCAUCCACACCACCAUCAUCACCAUCAUCAUCAUCACCAUCACCAUCAUCAUCAUUUGGGUGGUGGUGGAGUAGUAGCUUCGACUGCACCGGGUAGUGGAGGAGGUGUCGUGCAAGGACAAGUCGUCGCUACACUGCACGGUGGCAAGAUGGCGCUUGGGCCGUUUAAGAAGGCGACUGGUAGUGGCAAACAACAAACAACGUCUUCCUCGACAUCUUCCUUGAUUGGUGUGAGUGGAACCGGAGGUCGAGCUGUUGCUGUUGGAGGAAGUGUCCUUGGCGAGACUGGAACUACGGCAUCGGGUGGCAAAAAUCGUCCCCAAACGCCUCAAACAAACAGCCAUUAUCGAUCGCACCGCAACGAGUAUCUGAAUCCGAUGAUUGGACCAGGUGGCCCAGGGGCUGGAGGAGUGCUAGGAGGUGGUGUUGGUGGCGGGCCACGCAGUUUGAACAUUAGCAUGGACUUUUUGGCCCAACUGGACGAACGGCACGAUCGGGUCUUGUACGAAGAUCGCAGCAAUCUGUUCAUGUAUAUAGAUCUGCACGGACAUGCGUCGAAGAAGGGCGUUUUCAUGUACGGCAACCAUCUGCCCAACACGGUGGAAGCGGUGGAGUGUAUGCUCUUGCCACGUUUGAUGAGUCUCAACUCGCAACACUUUCAUUUCGAUGCGUGCAAUUUUAGCGAACGUAACAUGUACUACAAAGGGAAACGGGAUGGGCUGUCCAAGGAAGGAUCGGGCCGUGUAGCAGUCUACAAAACGACGGGACUGAUCAAGAGUUACACACUGGAAUGCAACUAUAAUACGGGCAAAUGUGUCAACAUAUUGCCUCCCCGUGGCAAGGAAAUUGUUGCUAAAACGACACACACGCUCGUACCGCCCAAGUACACACCGGCCGUAUUCGAGGAGGUUGGCAAAGCACUUGGACCCUCGAUAUUGGAUCUAACCAACUCGAACCCACUGUCUCGGUUACCGAACUGCGAGUUCCGGACACUGCAAGGGCUAAGGAAUGCGCUACGGAUCGAGAUCGAACGCGGCUCGUCGAAGGCACGCGUCACAAAUAAGACCCAGAAGACCCACACGAAGCGGCUCGCCAAUCAGUUGUCCUGUUCGAUAGACGUUGCGAAGGAAAACGCUAUCCAGUGGGAUCCACACCACCAGCACUCACUCAUCUCACCGGUUGGACUCGGUGCCGGUGGUCAGUCCGUCCCCACCGUUGUCGUCCCAACGUCGGUGGUACAGAGUGGUGCAAAUGUUUGUAAAAUUGUUGGCGACACUGAAAUUUCGACGACCCUCGGCACUGGCGGUGGCAAUGGGAAUGGAAAUGGUGCCACCGGUGGUGGUCUCACGCUGGUGUCUGGUGCCGGAUCCAGCGGUCGUCAGGUAUUGAAAACGACAGGCUCGUCCGUUGUCACACUGAAAACGUCAGCUCACGGUGCCGGUAGUGCCGGUAGUGCCGGUAAGAUCUCUCGUAAAGUUGGUGCCUUUGGUAAGCCCAAGAAAUCGAAGGUACUGUGCGACGUUGGAGGCGGAGGUGUUGGUGGUGCUGCGGGAGUCGGUGGAGCCGGAAGUGGCAAGAAAUUGCAGGAGCUAAUGCUUCGCAGCACAAAGGAACAAGUGCCUCGCAAAAAGAUCAAAGUGUCCCCCCAACAACAAUGCAACACAAUGCAGGAGCUUUGCUUCAAAGGCAGUCUGGGAUCGGGUUCGUUGCCCAACUUUCUCACCGUUGUGCCGGGGACAUUGACCGAUCUGCCCGGUACGCUGGUCCCCGGGAAGAAGGUCAAAUCGGAAAGCAAACUGCUGGACAUGAACGAUAUUAUGCAGUGUGACGAUAGUUUCGAUGCAGCACCAUGCUGUUCGUACACUGCUGUUCCGCUUGCGUCGGGCACGAUCGUUACCACAGCUGGUGGAAUUUCGAAGUUGAUCUCAACGUACACACAGGCCGGUACUACCGAUCUACACACGGGGACGGUGUUAAGUGCUACGGCGGAUGAACUGCUCAGUCUCGGAUGCAGUGACGUUGUUACGUCCCCCGUCGGACCCGUAGCGUCACUGGAGAGUAGUGGUGGUGGUGGUGGUGGCGGCAGUGGUAGUAUCGCAAGUGGUAGUGGCGGUAGUAGCAGCGGAGAAGGAAAGAGUGGCAAGUUUGGCAAGAGUACGCUCAAACCGUCGAAGCAGACGAAGCUGGCCAAAUCGACAAAAUCGGGCACCGAUACCACCGGAAAAAAGCUGCUUAAGAAGAAGCGUUCCCUCAAAACCGACUCGACGAGCUUGAAGCGGAAGAAGACACGCGUUAAGCCGGCACUGACCUAGACAGACGUGGUAGUGUAAUCGGAUGCCGGGUGCUUUUUAAGCAUA